CUGCCGGCCGCUCGGGGCCGGGCAGCGCUCGGGACCGGCCCCCUCGGCCCCCCCGGCCCCCCGGGCGCGGUGCCGCGGCCAUGCUGCGGGGGGACGAGUUUCUGAGCUCGCCGCCCAGGAAGGCGGUGCGCUUCGGGGGCACCCUGCCCGACAUCCUGCUCAAGUACGGCCAGGGUGACACCACCGAUUAUGAGUUGUUAAAGCACCAGCUGUCAGACCCAGACAUAAAGGAUGCCCAGAUCAUUAAUUGGCUGCAUGAAUUUCGAGCUUCUGUCACCUACUUGACCAAGGACUUUGAGCAACUGGUCAGCCUUUUGCUGAAGCUGCCGUGGUUGAGAAGAAGCCGAGAGGUAGUGGAAGAAUACCUGGGUUUUCUUGGCAAUCUGGUGUCAGCACAAACUGUCCAUCUUAGGCCAUGCCUCCGCAUGAUUGUAUCCCAGUUUGUUCCCCCUCGAAUAACCAUCAGAGAAGAUGAUGUGGAUAUUUCAGAUUCUGAUGAUGAUGAUGAAAACCUUUCUGAAAACUUUAAUACAUGCCAUAGAGCACUGCAAACUGUUGUAAGAUAUGUUCCUUCAACACUGCAAUUUCUUAUGCCAAUACUUGUAGAAAGCUUUCCUUUCAUUAAUAAAUCAGAAAGAACUCUGGAAUGUUACGUACAUAACCUGCUACGAGUUACAGUGUACCUUCCAACACUGAGGCUUCAGAUUCUGGAGCUUAUUGUUGAAAAACUGUUGAAGUUGGAUGUUAGUACUCCACAGCAAGAUAUUGAGGAUGCUGAAGAAGCUGCUAAUAACUCUGAUAGUGGGGAAAAAUCUGCAGAGGAGGGACUUUUUGACAUGGAGGAAGAUGAAGAAAGAAAAGGAAACAAAGUUGUCUCUUCCAGUAGUGAGAGAAUGGCCCAUCCGCUUGCGGAGCGGCUUGAUAUUUUGAUGACCAUCCUGUUUUCCUAUAUUAAAGAUGUUUGCCAUGUGGAUGGCAAGCUUGAUAUCAACAAGACAAAGGAUUUGUAUCGGGACCUGGUUUCUGUUUUUGACAAGCUCAUUUUACCAACUCAUGCUUCAUGUCAUGUGCAGUAUUUCAUGUUUUACAUCUGUAGCUUUAAAUUGGGUUUGGCUGAGGCAUUUUUAGACCAUCUUUGGAAAAAACUGCAUGAUCCAAACAAUCCUUCAGUGAUCAGGCAAACCGCUGGCAGCUAUAUUGGCAGCUUUUUGGCAAGAGCUAAGUUUAUUCCAGUUGUUACAGUAAAAGCAUGCUUGGAUCUGCUGGUUAAUUGGAUGCAUAAAUACAUUGAUAAUCAGGAUACAGGGGCUAAUGCUUACUGUGAUGUAGCUCUCCAUGGGCCAUUUUAUUCUACAUGUCAGGCAGCAUUCUAUACGCUUAUUUUCCGUCACAAGCAGCUUUUGGAUGGAAAUUUAAGGAAAGGUCUGUCAUAUCUGCAGAGUUUAAAUUUUGAGCGCAUUGUCAUGUGUCAACUAAACCCUCUGAAGAUAUGUAUACCCUCUGUUGUGAACUUGUUUGCUGCUAUUACAAGGAAAUACCAGUUGGUGUUCUGCUACACAAUUAUUGAGAGGAACAACAGGCAGUUCAUACCAGUUGUUCGGAGUGGGACUGGGGGUGACCUUGUGCAGACAUGCACUAACCCACUUGACAGUUUCUUCCCCUUUGAUCCCUACGUGCUCAAAAGAUCAAAGAAGACUAUUGAUCCUUUUUAUCAGUUCUGGGAAGAGCUGAGUGCUGAAGAUCUUGAGAAUCUGAAGAAACCCAUUAAAAGGGGUACUUCUGAAGAUGAAGAUGAUGACUUUUUGAAAGGAGAAACUCCUCAAAAUGAUAGUGUGGUUGAAAUUGCUCCAAAUUCUUAUGAGUCAAAUACCCGGAGCCCAGUGAGCAGCAUCGGCUCUCCUCCAGACUCUUAUGUGCAAUACCCACACUGACCUGGAUAACCAACCAGAAGUGAAAAGGUUGAAAAUUGUGUGCAAUUUUUUUGCUCAUAAAGAGACUUGAGCUCAACUUUCCAAACUGGCUAAUGUUCAAGUAACUACAUUUAAGAAAAAUUGUUAUUUCUUCAUCAUCAAAUUUCUACAGAUGUUAUGAUAAAUUCAUAUAUUGUUAGAAAAGCCUAGAGAAUAAAUAGGGUGAUAAUUUACAAAUUUCACAUUGAAAUGUUUUUUAUGACUUACCGAGGGUUUUUUAUAGGUUUUCUUGACUUUUUAAAAACUUUCAUUUACUAAUGUUUCUCUGUGAGGUUUUAUGUAUCGGGGGUGAAAUUCUGGUCUUUACUCCUUUUGAUUUCUGUGGGACCAGAAGUACACUGUCAGUAUUUAAACUGUUCUCUGAUGACUUUUUUUAGUUGGUUUCAAUUAAUGGUAUGGUCCUGUGAUAGGGAAGCCAUGAACUGACUCUUAAUAGUGAUUCUUUUGCACACAUCUCUAAGCUUUUCCUAUCUGUAGAGCAGUAUUUUGUAAAGCCCCUUGAUAGUGGUACAUGUAUUCAGAUGGUAAGCAUUAUUGCUGCGUAAAAACGUAACUGACACACAUUUUUUUCAGCUGUUCAGGCAUGUAGAAUGGUCAGGCAUGUAGAGUGGUGAUUAUUGGAAGUGUUGAAAAUGGGAGUAGCUGGAUGUAUGAUUUGUAGAUAGUUUUCUUUGAGGUGCUUGAGAAGCACUCUGAAACAGGUAUUUAUUUUCAGGAUUUGAAUUUUACAUGUGAAUGUUGAAAAUACCAAAACUCAAACAUACAAAAAAACCAACCAAACAAAAAAAAACACCCAUAUCCCUAAUAGAAAGGAAUUGAUGGUGUCAGUGGUGUCAUUGUAUUGUCCGUGUGUCAGUGAAGAGUUUCUCUGUACAGGCUUCUUAUAUUUUCCAUGAUUGCUGGCUUUUAGAUGUGAGAAAGAAUAUAAAAAGUAGAAAAAAAUGUUAUUUGUGUAACAUUUAGUUGAAAAUUUCAUGCCCGUUGGACUAAAUUCUUUAUAGCUGCCCAACUUCAUUCAUCUGCCCUUCUUUAGAGUCUGAACUUGUAGGCUUUCAAGGCAAUGUAUUUAUUCAGAGCCAAUAAAGACUGAUACAAACGGUGCCAAUUCCA